AUGUUUGCCGCUGCCUUGUCUUUCGAUGUUCUCAUUCUCAUGAAAAUGGUGGAUAGGCACUUCACCAUAUCCUCAGAUAGCUUGUUAGCUUCAAGAACCUCAUCCGAGAAACCCGAAGAUGAAGUCGCUUCUUCUUCUGCUAACCUGCACUCCACCUUCAUUGACUUUGAGGGAACAACUGAGCCUUUAUCUUCUGAUAUCCGCUUGUUAUCGAACAGUCUCUUACGAGGGGUUGCAGCUUUGCCAUUUCUCUUCUCAGGAGUUUGUUUCUCCUUCGAUGAAUUACUCCAUGACCGAUUCUCCUUCCCUCUUUCGUCAUAUGGAGAGGAUGAAAUCACCUUGUUAGAGCCUUGCCCUCUAUGUCUUGAUUGAUCACCUAUUACUGGACUCUCAUUUGACAAGAGCUUUCUACUUGAGGUACUUCUAGCAAGAGAAGGCUGCUGCUGUUGUUUAGCUGCUGAUCCAAAUGGUGAUGAAUUGAUGAGCUCGUGGGUCGACGAGACUGACUUUGAUCUCGAAUGCCUUGCUGGUGUUCUUGUACUAGAAGAAGAACAACAAGGUGGUUGCUGCUGUUGUUGCUGAUCAGAAACUCCAUCAUUAUUGCAGUUCUUAGAGGAGUUGCUGUUGUUGUAGACAGCUUCUUGGUAGAGGCCUUGUCUAAAGUUCACAACUUGUUCUUCUAGCCUAACUACUUCUUCUUCUAGGACAGCC